AUGCUGAACGUCGCAAUUCUUCCCGCAGACCCAACGCGGACAUGUCUCUCAAUCCGUAACCUAACGUCGACCCUUCUCUCCCCCUCUUCCUCUCCCUCUUCCUCCCCCCUAUCCCCUCACCUCACCAUCCACGCUUCCCUCACUCCCUCAGUCACGGCUUUAAUCUGGCUCCCAAACAUAAAGCAAGCCAACACCUCUCUCGAACUCUCGACACUCCUCUCCUCCCCCGCUGGGGGAUCGAUCAAGUUCAUCCAAAUGCCAAUGACAGGAAUUGACGAUUUCAUAGCGCUAAUCCGAUCUACCAGCCAAAAAAUCACCUGGAGUUGUGCCAAAGGUUGCUGUGCAACACUGGUUGCCGAACACGCACUUGCACUUGCACUUAGCCUACUACGUGGCCUAAGCAAAACUGGAUGCAUGACAUCUUGUGAAGUUGCAAGUCUCUCUGGUAAAAGUGUCGUAGUUAUCGGAAAUGGAGGUGUUGGUAAACAAAUCAACCGAUUCUUGCUGCCCUUUGCAUGUCAAGUGACCAUGACUGAUUCUAUUACUACCAAAGCUCAACUUUUGCAACUAUUGCAAAAAGUGAGCCUGGUAUUCAUUGCAUGUCCCUUAACCGAGGCAACAAAGGGAAUGUUUGCCCAUGAAGCUUUGAGUGCGAUGCGAAGUGAUGCAGUUUUGAUUAAUGUUGCCAGAGGAGAAAUCGUUAAUACGGGCGCAUUAAUCAAUGCAGUGAAACAUGGAAAUCUCAACGCUGCAGGUUUAGACGUGAUUACUUUCACACACGGCAAACAGGGCGAAAAGGAGAAAGAAGAGCUGGAUAAGUUGGUGAAGCAAGGAAAGCUUUUGAUCACUCCACAUGCAGCUAUACCGCAUCAUAUGAUCGAGGCCUUGUUGGGUGAAAGGAUCAGGCAUAAUUUAGAGGUGCUAGCGACGGGUAAAGGCGAGUUGAUGGGUGUUGUUGAUCCGAACAAAGGCUAUUAA